AUGAUGAAUAUUUUGACUGAUCACACAGCAGUUGUUAGCGACUUGGAAAAGUUUUGGAACUUAGAAUCGUUUGGGGCUUCAGGAAGCGAUAAUAUUAAAAGUCAGUCUGAAGUUGUAAGAAAAUACGGAGAAAAGUCUAUAAUACUAGAAAAUGGAAAGUACACAGCUAAGUUACCAUGGAAACCAGACUUUCUUCCGCUGCCGCAUAACAUGGAAUUGGUUAAAAAGAGAACAGGUAGCGUUAUUAGACGUUUAGCAAACAAACCUGAUUUACUUAAAAUGUACGGAGAUAUCAUAAAGGAGCAGGAGAGAAGACAUUUUAUUGAAAAGGUUGAGGAAACAAAACUUCCUACCGAUCGACCCGUACACUAUAUCCCGCAUCAUCCUGUUGCCAAGGAAUCAUCUACUACGCCAAUACUCAUGGUUUAUGAUUGA